AUGUCAACUAAUAACAAUACUAGUACAGACCAUGUAGUUGAUCCAAAAGAACUACAGUGCCAGAAACAAUCACAACAAGUAGAAAAUCAAAUUACAACUACAACAAUGAACAACGACAAUACCCCUAUUAGGAUGUUGUCGUAUGUAUCAACUGCAAUUUCAAAUAGAAUGCCAUCCAUUUCAUACUUUAAUCACUCUUUAUCUUUACCUAGAUUUCCAGAGCUGAAGGAGAGUGAGCAGUUUCAUUUAAAUAAAAAAUAUGAUCUAUUAACUGAAAGUCAGAAAAUUUUGUUAGUAGAGGAGGCCAAAGAACUGUACCAGAAGAAUCAUUCAACGUGGUAUGUGUUUAAUGAACCUAUUGAAAGUGACGAUAAUAUUAAAAACAACAUGGAAAGAGAAGCAAAUAAGGAUAACACUAUCCAUACAAACACAAAUACUAAUUAUUUUGCAGUUUAUGGUACUAAAUCAUAUGACUGUCCCAUCCAAGUGCCUUUGGACAAAUCUAUUCAAGUCUUUAUAAAUGAAUUAAACAAACGGCCUACUUCUACAACUUCAUUAUACCUGAAUCAUACAGUUAUAUUACCUGGCGAAACGGUAAAAAGUUUUUAUCAUGAACAAUCUGUUUGGAGUAAAAUAGCAACGGGAUUUAGAAAGCAUUAUAAUUUUGAAAAUGAAAGGCAUUUAUAUUUAAAAAAAAAUGCUGCAAAUACAUGUAUUAGUAAUGAUAAUAGCAAUUUUGCUAACAGCGGUGAGAAAAAAAUUAAAAAGAGGAAGAAAUUAUUGGUAAUUUCAAUCGUUGGUAACUUGCCUGAAUCAUAUAUGUUGAAAACAGUUGCAUCUUUACCACAAAGUUACGAGCUAUCUGAUAAUUUCAAUAAGGCAUUAUUGGAGAACAAUUCAAACCUAUUAAUAAGUAAUAUAUCGAUAACUUCACCUUUGGAUAGUAUCGAUUCCAAUACUUGUUUCAAAGAGGUGAAACUAAUAAUGGAUAAACAUGCGAAUAAUUUUGCAGACAUAGAUGGGUUAUUUUUCAUCGGAUAUUAUCAUUCAGUUCCACUGUUAUUCCAAACGGCGUACUACAUUUUUAACAACUUUUAUAUUGGUCAGGCCAAACUCCCCCCCUCUUUGGGAAUUUGGGGGAUAGAGUCUUGUUUAAGCAAUCAGACUCUUUUUGAACACUCUUCAGAUAAUGAUACCAACAAAAAAUUGUGGCAAAAUUGCACUAAGCAACAGCAAGAGAAUAUUACUUCCAUACAUAAAUUUGCUAGUUCAAAAGAUUUUUUAAGUAUAGUCGAUUGGAUAUUGUACCAUACAAAUACUAAGAUCACUUUAAGUUGCAAAUUGUAUGAUAAUUUUAUGACUAUAGGUCAAAAAUUAGCAAUAAAUCUCAAGCAUCCAAAUAUUAUUAGAAAUGUUUGGGUUGAUUUACAGUAUUACAAUACCCCGUAUAGAUGGCCUAGGCAGUAUAAGGAUUUAUCGCUUAUUGAGGAUCCAAGUGGUGUCAAAGUGGAUGUCCCUUUACCAAUAAAAAGAGUAUUUGAAAUAUCGCUAAUAAAUGAUUUGAUACUUUCGUUAAAUUUGGGUUAUUAUAAUGAAGCAGCUCCCUUAUUACAUGUUAUAUCUCCCUUUUUCAUUUCUAGAUCAUUUAAUAAAAAUACUAUUCCCAAUGUAUUAAAAAAGCAACUUGAUAAAGAUUUUAAGGACUGGUUAAAUAAGGUAGACAAAGAGCACACCGAUUGGAAAGCGAUUCAAUCAUUGAACAAGUUUUUAUUUUCACACAAUGAUAAUAGGGAUGAUGAUGAUGAUGAUGAUGAUGGUGUUGUACAGACCUCAGCUAAUAAUCUCACAAAUUUAUACGAUUUGCUUCAAUUCUUAGAAUAUAUAAAAUAUCAUAGGCAAAUCGAACUGAAAUCAGAAAUCUAUCAUGAUGAAAAAAUGUAUACUAUGUUUUUAGAAAAUACUUUUUUCACGGGUAAUUUGAUAGAUAAGAAAAAACUGGAAAUUUUGAAUUAUCCACCAACACAAAAUAUUUUUGUUAAUACAUUGCAAUAUAAAGUGGUUUGGGAUUUACAUGAAUAUUUAUCUGAAUUUAUAAAAUUCAAAAGUUUACCUAUAGAAGAAGAAGAUUUGGUGAAUGGUCAAUAUUCUCUGUCUUCACAAUUUAUCUCAACUAAGCAUAAUACAGAUUGUGGUUACAAUAUAGUAUCAAAAUAUAGUUCACAAACAGGGUUUGAAAGGAAUACGAUUGAAGCUAAAUAUAGAGUUAAUAAACUAUGGCAAGAAUAUUGGGGAUGGGAUCCUCCAAUAAAAGGUUUGAAACUAUUGAAAUCUAUUUUUUCUAUAUUUGAAAUGUAUAAAUCAGGUGAGGAACUAAUCGAUGAUAUUACUUUUGAGUAA